GAGGAGAUCCAGGCACUGUCGCGUGAGGAUACUCUGAAGGAGCUAGAAGGCAGUCGGGCGGCGCAAAACUACGAAUACGCACUCGACUACGUCAACGAGCAUCCACCAGACGAGUCCGAAGGCACACUGGCAGAGGACGACACUGAGCAUGUCAUCGAGCACGGCGUUAAUGCAUGGGAGUUCAUCCCGUCGUACGACAACACCAACAUCACUGUGCUGGAUAACACUGAUGUGGAGUUUGUUGGCGGUGAGCAGAGCGUUAUGACCAACCUGCAGUUCCCGAACGAGCAGCGCGUAUACUAUUUCGAGGUCCGGCUCGACAGGCUGCCUGAGGGAACGAACGUAGCUGUGGGUGCUGCAAUGCACGGGUACCCGCCACUGCGGAUGGCUGGAUGGGCAAACAAUUCGGUCGCAUACCAUUCGGUUGAUGGGCAUGUCUACUACUGCCAUCCAUUGGAUAUUACCCGCAAAACCACCACAGCUCUGCAGAGCGAUACAUUGGGUGUUGGCUGGCGCCCGCACUCUGGCAAGAUGUUUUUUGUCAUCAACGGCGCAAUCAUGGCCCAUGUGCGCACACCCUGGAUCAACAAGAGGAUGUAUCCGAUUAUUAGUGCCGACGGACCCUGCAAUGUCAGCGUCAACCUAGGUGCCCGUGCCUACGUUCUGUCGCACGCCAACAUGCGGUUCUGGGGACUGGCGGCUGCUGAGGGUGUGCGGCCACCGCCGCCCAUGUACCACCAAACCCAGGACACGACACUGGUGGCA